CUCGCCUCCACGACCACCAUGUAUCGACUUGUUGCAACCACUUUCAUCAAGCCCGCAAGAGCUAUCGGGCGCCGCAACUUUAUCAUUGUGGUGGAUCAAGCCACCGUGGCGUACCGUGAGUUCCUGGGGGGCAACCCGACCCGACUCGAGCCAGGGUUGCGGCUCAACUUGCCCAUCCUGCAUGAAACGCGCGUCAUUAACAUGCGGGAAUGCGGCCUGAACAUUGCGUCUCUUCAUGCGUACACUAGCGACAACGUCCCGGUGAUGGCCAGUGGCACGCUAUUUUACCGUGUGUUUGACGCGGAAAAAGCUUGCUAUUCAGUGGAGAAUGUCAAGGCUGCCAUCCAUGCGAUCGGUCAAUCUACGAUCCGAGCUGGCAUCGGUCGGUUUGCGUACGACGACAUAAUUGCCGAUCGAAUUAAGCUCAACGCAAGUUUGAUCCACGACAUCGGCGACGGCAUCCGCACGUGGGGUGUGAACUGCACGCGGUUUGAAAUCCAAGAAUUUGGUCCUCAAAAUGCCUCGGUGGCCAAGCAUUUGGAAAAACAGCUGACAGCGGAACGAGAGCGUCGAGAAAAUGAGCAAAACGUACUGGCGAAAAUCCGAAGUGCCGAGGGCGAGAAGAGAGCGGCCGUGCUCCAAUCUGAAGGCGAGCGGAUCGCAGCCGAAAACCGCGCCGACGCCGAAAAGUACGCGAUCCAAGCCAUGACCGAAGCGUACAAGCAACAGCUUGUCGAAAUGACGGCGGCCCUGGGGGAUUCGUCGCUCGCCGCCAAGUACAUGGUCGACCUCCUCACAGUAAAAAACUUGGGCCAUAUUGCCCAAGGCGACAACCGAGUCUACUUUAUGCCGACUGACAGCGUCUUGCCGACAGCAAGAACUGUCAUGGACAUGCUGCAGGAAGCCAAGAAAUAGGUGGACAUCCCUUUCGACAACCUUAAUGAUACUGCAUGUGUCGAGCCUGGAC